AUGAAGCUACCGUUACAGGGCUAUUUCGAUCUAUUGCGGCAUCAACCCGGAGGGACAAAUUAUGUGUGCAUUAAUUGCGGUCGCCCUGUCUCGGGACUGUAUCGGCAAAUCAGUUCAACUGUAUUAAAAAUUAUAGAUUGUGAAAAAUGCAAGUGUCCAGCUGAUAGAUAUAUUGAGUUCGAAGUGCUGAUUAUAUUGAUCGAUUUGAUAUUGCUUUCAAAACCAGCUUAUCGCCAUAUUUUAUACAACUCAGACUGCAAGAACCUCUGGAAAAUCGGAUGCAUCCUCAUCCUCUUGGAGGCGUAUUGCUUCUGGACGGAUGCAUUCCGGGGAAUAACCAGCAUCAGUUAUCGGUCGCACGUGAACGAUCCAUUCUUGUCCGAAAAGGGGUUCUAUCUCUCAACGGUGCAUUUUGUGGCUGGGUUUUGGUUACUGUAUGGAUUUAUUUAUCUUUUUACCCGUGCAUUACACCGCAAUAUACCAGUGACGAUGGGGACUGGAAAAAGUUACCCUCAUUUACUGUUACAGGGUGUAAUUCUGUCGAGCAUAGGAAAGUUUCUGUUCAUUCCAAUUAUUAUCUGGCGAGAAAAUUCAACCGAAACCAGCAUGGCCAUUCACAUAGUGCUGGUACUUGUGUACUUUGUGAUAUCGCUUGUUCAAAUACACUCCGUUGUCAGCAAUUGUCCAAGAUCGCGGUCGUGCUUGAUAGUAAUUUUGGCGUUUAUUGUAAAGGCCUACUUUCUUACCAGGGUCAGUGGACUGCUACAACAGUUUGUCGAAUAA